GUAUCUCCAAAACUUGUCGGUCUAACUUUUCCAUACUGUUUAUUGAUUUGCACACUGUUAUUAAGUCUCCCCUUUCUCUUCUCUCUUCCAGUGUUAUUAAUCUCAUUCUUAGUCACUCCUCAUAAGUCUUUUCCUUCAAUUCUGGCACCAUCUUUGCUGCUGUCCUGUGCAUUCUUUCCAGUUUCCUCAGUUGCUGCAGCGUACUCUAACUCAGGGCAUAAUCAUGGUUGUAAUUAUUUUUUUCGUCAUAUUCAUGUCCAUGUAGGUAAAAGCCACUCUAAUGUUACUAAAAAUCCUCUAUGCGUGGCCAAAAUUCCCACAUGUGCUUCUCUGGUGACAGUGUGUCCUGGAUAAUCACCCACAAAUCCUUUUCCUUAUUACUUUUCUUUAUCAUAUCUUCCCCCUUUUUAUAGUUCUAUGUAGGUCUCCUUGUACUUUUCCUGUGUGUGUGUGUGUGUGUGUGUGUCAGAUAUCCACACAGCUCUACAACACACACUUGCACACACACUGCACCCAAACCAGGCACUUAAGAAACUAAAGACUUAUUGUUGUUUGAGAUCCCUUAACACUCCCCAUACUCUCCUUUUGUCUCAUCCCACAGGCAUUGUCCGUGAUGCUUCCUGUGCUGUGGUUCCAUCGUGGCAGGCAUGGAAGUGCUUCUCGCUGCGUCGCCACCUCAUGAUCAUUGAGAGCAUAGACACAGACACAGAGGUGUGGCGCCUCUCCCCCAUCGCCCUCAUUGCCAACCCUGGCCCCAGUGGGUACGUGGAUCUCCUCAAUGGACCAAUGGACAGAGGCUGGUGUGCUGGCUACAUGUGUCAGGAGCGAAUCUCAACCUUCUUCUCAGUUGUGGCGACCGGGAUGACAUAUGAGAUGGCCAUGACCAGCACGCCCCCUCAGGUGCUGUGUCUGCACCUGCCACACAGUCCAUCCUCCGAGGCUGUUGUCCUACGCAUCUUCUUCCCAAAGCCUCAGCGUUAUGACAUCUAUGUGGAUAGUGUCUUUGUUCCCCCAGCCAACCUUAACAUCUCUGCAGCUGGCUACCAGCUGUUGCCUGAGGACCCCACCCACCCUCAGGCUUUCCUUCCCACACUGAACAAUGUAAGGGAUGGCUGUGUGCUGUGUUGUGUUUGGAAUGUAAGGGAUGGUUGUGUUGUGUUGGGAAUGUAAAGAAUGACUGUGUGUUGUGUUGUGUAGGGAAUGUAAGGAAUGGCUGUGUGUUGUGUUGUAUUGUUUGAAGCACUGGAACUCUGUACUUUGCCCUGCCUCUCCCUGUCAGUUUGGGGCAAAGGAACAACUGCUCUGCCUUGUCUCUCCCUGCUAGUUUAGGGUAACAGAACAACAACUCAGCCUUGCCUCUUCCAGUCAGUUUUGUCAUGCCUCUCCCUGUCAGUUUUGUCAUGCCUUCCUGUCAGUCUUGUCAUGUCUCUCCCUAUCAGUUUUGUCAUGCCUCUCUGUCAGUUUUGUCAUGCCUUCCUGUCAGUCUUGUCAUGUCUCUCCCUGUCAGUUUUGUCAUGCCUCUUCCUGUCAGUUUUGUCAUGCCUUCCUAUCAGUCUUGUCAUGUCUCUCCUUGUCAGUUUUGUCAUAGCUCUCCUUGAUAAUUUUAAGCAAGGGAAACACUGUUGUGGCAUGCCUGUCCCUAUUGCCAUCUCUCCAGCUCACCCAGACCCUCCCCUGCAGGUAGUAGGGACCAAUUACUUCCAGCGUAGUGCCAAGCUGGUCCAUGUGGUGCUGCGCGGAGGCCACGUCCUUGACAUCAAGACCACACCCGUGAUCACCCUCACCAGUGGCCUCAUGGUGAAGGAAGAUGAGUUUUAUGAGCAGAACCUUGUGAUGAAUCUGGCCAACCUGUUUGAGGUAUCCCCAGACAACAUCAGGGUCAUCAGUGUUAUGCGGGAGGACUCCAAGAGACAGCAGGGAAGGCUGGAGGCUGAAGUGGCCAGCGUUCCAACUACAAGCCUGAAUGGUGAGGGGGAGAAGGGAGCAACUGGCGGGGAGGUGAUUCCCUAUGAGAAGCUGGUGCAGAGUCUGGAAAAGGCCAUCAAUAGAUUCCAGGACGAAUCGUGCAGCAACUGUGCCUCU